GUCCCCAAACCCACGAAAGAAGAAGAAGAAAGAAGCCGAAGCAGAAGAAAAAGAAAGAGAAACAGCGAGAGAUGAGUGACAGACCAGUACCGAGGAGAGAGAGUCCAUGGGGCAGGCCAGAGGGAGACGACCGCCAGCCAAAGCCUCACAGAUGCAACGAUCGUGCUGAAGAUGUCAUCCAGGCAUGUUUUGAGGGCAACCCGUUUAAGACGGUUCCUGGUCCUUUUAAGCUCUUCUGGCACUGCAUGCGCUCGAAACCUGGGGAGGAACCAACUGAGCCAUUCUACUACUUGGAAAUAGAUCCCCCCAAGGUAGAAGUGAAACUUGAGUAAAGCCUAAUUUCAGGAUCCCCCUAAAGCCUAUUUUGGGUUUGGCCCUCUCUAUCUUAAAAUUUCAGCUACUGUUUUAGAUGAUUGGAUGUUAAAUUGUAGCAUUAAUAUUGUUAUGGCUUUCAGUUUUUGAAUAACAGGUGACAAAUCCCAAUAUGGAUCUCAGUUCACACAUUUUCUGGAUUUAAACUUCCACAUAUCACAGAUGAUUGGAAUAAAUAUUUUUCAUGUCUUGUUUUCAACCAUUGAUCUACUGGCUUGCACGUGAAAAAUCAAACAUGCUGCUGAACUGUGAAACUUCAGAACAGUUUUUCCAUAAACAAUCUGGUAUACAUCAUAAGAAUUCUGUAGUUUAUUCUUUAUUUUUAGUACGGGUAUAUCUUUUGCUUGUGCAUUAUUGCACACAUUACAGUCAAUUAUUGCAAUUACUUAAGUAG